AUGUUUGGAGGACAGGCUCAUCCUUCCAUGUCCAAUGAGACAUAUGGACAGCAAGGGGGUGAUUUCGGCGGCAACGUCAAUUUGCCGCCUGCGAACCUCGACCAGCAGCAUCAACAGCAUCAUAGCCAUCAGCAGCAGCAUCACACGCCCAUGUCAUCGCAGGACUUUUGUGGGAUUCGAGUGGCUGAUGUCCGUCAGCGUCAUUUUGGCGUGACCCACAACACCAACGAUGCCAACAUUUCGGCAGCUCGCGAUGAGUUCAGGCAGGAAACUGGCAUUGAGAAUCCGAGUGUCAUCUUCAUGAGUGAGCAGACUGCUCGUGAGAUGCAGGACUUCCUUGAAGCCCGGUCCCUGUCCAGAUUCAGGGAGUGGUUGAACAGGGAUCGUCCAGUGAACAUCAUAUCCAUUCCGGUUUUGGACCAGGGUGAUCCGACUUGGCAGACUGCUCGUGAGAUGCAGGAUUUCCUCGGAGCCCAGGCCCUUGCGAGGAUGAGGGAGAGGCAGCGUAGGGACCGGCCGGUGGAUGUCGCGUCCAUUCCUGUCAUGGGAAUGGGCACUGGAGAUAGGACCGGGUUCAUGCUGCCCCAACAACGACAGGCUGGUCGGGGGGCGCUCCCUGGAGCCCGCGGUGCGCAGCCCCAUAUCACCGGUGCUGGAUUGUUGGGUAGUGUUCGAAUUGAACGACCUCGGGCGAUUCAAGGACAGGAACAACACCAAAGCCAGCAAGUAGGGCAGGGCAGGAGACGAGCACGUGUGGUAGUUCAUGAGCAGGAAGAGGUCGAGUAUAGAAAUGGGCGCCCCGCCAGCCAGGGUUCCUGA